AUGUCCUCCAAAGCGGAUGUGGAAAUCCUGCCAAAAGAUGCAGAUGCUCCUCAGCGGCCGAGGCACCCGAAUCCCACCGCCAUCCUUUUACCAGCUUCCACUCAUCAGCUGCCCAAAGUGGACGUGUCCCAAACCACGGCAAAGGAAGUGACCCAGGUGGGCGGGACAUGCAGCAUCGUCCAUGUUCUGGAGUGGAAGGAGGGAAUGGCGAUCCUCCCAGGCAGCAAUCUGAAGCUGUGUGUGAGCGACAGCGGCACUCUGGAGGUGGUCAGUCAAGGGAAAGUGAGCUCAGCAAACCCUCUCGCUGAUGGAGCUCCAACCAAAGUCAUGGAUGGAGAAACUAAACCGGCUGUGAAACUCGGUACAGAUCCUUCAGCAGAUGUCCAGGCCGUGCGUGUCGAUGGCGUUCGGCUCGUUAAGGUCAACCCGGAGGUCCAGGAGAACUCGGUUCCACACAAGAACAGCGAUCAGAUGAUGAAACGCAGCUACAGCGAGGAGCUCCGGCGAGAUUCGGCACCUGACAGUCUGACAGGAAGUGAGAGGGGUUUGGAAUCAGCAGCGAUGUCUCAUGACUCGGAACUCCUGAAGCCGAUGAAGAAGAGGAAGAGGAGGGAUUAUUUAAGCCCCUCUGAGGAAGACUCCGAGCCUGAGCCGAUGGAAGGAAAAGCUGAAGACCUAAAAACUGGAGGACAAGAGAAAACAGGAACAGACGCUAAAGCCGAGUCGUGGUCGUGGGCGCAGUAUCUGGACGAGCAGAAGGCAGUUCCAGCUCCGGCCAAACUCUUCCAGGAGUCACAGCGGGUUCCUGAGAGUCCCAAUAACUUCAGUCAAGGCAUGAAGUUGGAAGGUAUCGACCCCCAGCAUCCCUCCAUGUACUUCGUCCUGACUGUGGCUGAGGUUUGUGGUUACAGAUUACGUCUCCAUUUCGAUGGUUACUUGGACUGCCAUGACUUUUGGGUUAAUGCUAACUCCCCUGAUAUUCACCCUCCGGGCUGGUGUGAGAGCACAGGACACAAACUACACACUCCGAAAGGGUGUAAGGAAGAGGAGUUUUCCUGGUCCAGCUAUUUAAAGCUCAUGAAAGCACAAGCUGCCUCAAAGGAACUGUUCACCAGCCCAGGGAACAUUGAGACAGAUGAGGACUACGGCUUUGAGGUCGGCUUAAAACUGGAAGCUGUGGACCGCAUGAACCCAUCUCUCAUCUGUGUUGCCACGGUGACAGAUAUCGUGGGCAAACGAUUUCUAGUGCACUUUGACAACUGGGACGACACGUACGAUUACUGGUGCGAUGCUCGAAGUCCGUACAUUCAUCCCAUUGGCUGGUGUAAAGAGAGGGGCCUCCCCCUCACACCUCCACAAGAUUAUCCCGAACCGGGUCGGUUCUCCUGGGAGCGUUACCUGGACGAGACAGGAUCCACAGCAGUGCCUGCAGAUGCUUUUAAAGUGCGUCCUCCUCACGGCUUCCAGGUGAACAUGAAGCUGGAGGUGGUGGAUAAGAGGAGUCCGGCGCUGAUCCGUGUGGCCAGUGUACAGGAAGUGGACACGUACAGGAUUAAAGUCCAUUUUGACGGUUGGAGUCAUGUGUAUGACGAGUGGAUGGACUCGGAUCAUCCUGAUCUUCACCCUGUUGGAUGGUGUGAGAGCACGGGUCAUCCUUUACAACCUCCACCCUCGACCUCGCCCAGCGUCCCGCAGCCUGGUCCGAGGGAAAGUACAGCUGCAGCUCCGCCGAAUUUCAGCUCGACGCCGUGCAAAACCGGCCCGAGUUCCCGCAGCACCUCCAAAUACAACUUCCAUAACAGGAAGUGCCCUACUCCUGGGUGUGAUGGCUCAGGUCAUGUGACCGGACGUUUUACAGCACAUCAUUGUAUAUCCGGCUGCCCGUUAGCUGAGAGGAAUCAGGGGCGGGUCAAAACGGACCUAUCGGAUACAGAGGGAUCCAAACGCAACCUCCUCGUCUUUGGUCAAAGGGCUAAAAAGUCACGCUACCAUGGCAGGAUUGGCCGCCCUCCAAAAUAUCGAAAGAAUCAACAACGAGCCUAUCAAAACAUGACUUCAGAGAGCAUGUAUCCCUCCCUGUUCAUGUCUGCAUUGACUGCGAGCUCAGAUCGGACUCUGUCUCUCUGCUGGGAGCAACACUGCAAACUCCUGCCUGGUGUUGCAGGAAUUCAUGCCAGUCAAGUAGCUACAUGGAGCGUAGACGAGGUCUUCGGCUUUGUGCAGAAUCUUAUUGGUUGUGAGGAGCAGGCACGACUUUUCAAAGACGAAAUGAUCGAUGGAGAAGCCUUCCUCCUGCUGACUCAGACGGAUAUCGUGAAGAUCAUGAGCAUCAAGUUGGGACCAGCCUUGAAGAUCUACAAUGCCAUUCUCAUGUUCAAGAGCACUGAUGAAGGACUGUAG